UCGUUGCGCUGCUUUCUAUGCAAAAACCGGCAUAAGCUGCGUGCGUCGACGUCGCUGCCAGGCGCUCAGCUGUUGGCCGCACAAGGCGCGCUCGAAGCGAACUGCGCAUAACAAAACCAAAGCUGGUGCGAGAAAGUUGUUGUCGGCGCGCGCUUCGCAAAAACUGUGAACAAAAAAAAAAAAAAACUCGCAAUAAAUUCAAACUUGCAACCAGAAGGAAUAAUAUAACAAUUUUGCUGCCAUGCCCCAAAGCAACAGCAAACACAGUGCCAAACAUUUACAGUACGAAAUCAAAAAACAAUCCAUGAGAUAAACAACAAUAAUCCGAGAAAAAGCACAAAAAACAAACUGACAAAUUGAAGCAUAAGACACAGCAACAACAACAACAAAACGUCCAGAAACAGAAACAGUGAGAUUUAACGAGCCAGCAGCAUGUUGAUUACGUCCGUUGUGGUGUGCCAGGUGGAGAAAUUGCUCUGCACGCCCAUCAGCUUUGCGGUAUUCGCGUUUCUGUUCAUGGCCUGCACCAUGGAGGUGGUGCUGCUCAAGCUGACCACCAGUGCACACAUCUUUGGCCGUCCGCCCAACCACGACGACUGGGACGAGGGCAGCGAGUACGAGGAGGAUAUCUACUAUGAGAAUCUCGAGAACAACUACGAGCAUUGGGCGCGCAGGCGCAUGCGUUAUCAUCAGCGACAACAGCAGCUGCUACAACAACAACAACAACAACAACAGCAACAACAACAACUUCUAUAGGGAUUUUGUCCGUUUUAUAAUGUACAUAUAUAUGACUGAGUUUUCUGCAAUUUAGCCUAAGCCAAAUUUCUACAAAGUUGACGCCUUUAUUUUUUAUCAUUUUCGGUUUCGUUUGCGUGUAAACAAUUGCAAAAUUUUCUGCCAAUUCAU